CAAUUGAUGAAGUUAAGGAGAAUUUAUUGAUUGAAGAUUACUUUCAACUUCUUAAAUUCACCCACCCCCCAAUUAUCCGCCGCAGAGACAUAAAUGUCCCUUCUGCGCGAAGCUGAGAGAUGUCUUGCUAACCAGAAGACAUAUGCCAGCCUCAAUGCCUUCAUAACUCCGCUGCACUGCGCCCGUCCGGGCCCAUGGCGGGACCGCGUGCGGGAUGCAGACGUUCGGAGGGAGAGGGGUGCGGUCAAGUCGCCAUUGGACGGCAAAUUGGUUGCGAUCAAGGAUAACAUAUGCACCCGCGACAUGCCCACAACUUGCGCCUCGAGAAUUCUCGAUUCAUACACUAGCCCGUUCAACGCGACUGUCGUAGAGUCCCUGGAAAAAGCUGGGGCGAUACUGGCAGGUAAAACGAACUUGGAUGAGUUUGGAAUGGGGUCACACUCCAUGAAUUCACAUUUCGGGCCGGUGAGCAAUGUCACAGAAGCUGAAAGGGAGCCAAUCUCCCCUGGCGGGAGCUCCGGGGGGAGUGCUAUUGCUGUUGCAACGGGUCAAUGUUAUGCCGCAUUGGGAACAGAUACGGGAGGUUCUGUACGGCUCCCCGCCGCAUACACAGGGACUGUCGGGUUCAAACCCUCCUACGGCCUCGUUUCGCGAUUUGGUGUGGUAGCCUAUGCAAAUUCCCUAGACACCGUUGGUGUGCUGGGGUCAAAUAUCUCCACUAUCCGUGAAGUCUUCAAAACAAUAAACCACCCAGACCCCCUCGACCCCACAAACCUCCCCCCAACAACCCGCACCCGCCUCACCACUGCCUUUACAACCCGUCCCUCAUCCCUACCACGCUUCCGUAUCGGCAUCCCAACCGAAUACAACAUCCACGAACUCUCCCCCGCCGUCCGCACAGCCUGGCAGCUCAGCAUAACUCACCUCCACCAGCUCGGCCACUCAAUCCACCCCGUCUCGCUCCCUGCCACCAAACAAGCGCUGGCCGCCUACUACGUGCUUGCGCCCGCCGAAGCCUCCUCGAACCUGGCGCGGUACGACGGCGUGCGCUACGGGACGCGCGACACCAGCGCACCCGACAACGCGGGGCCCGGAGGCUAUCUGUACGCGCGCACGCGCGGGGAGGGUUUUGGCAGCGAGGUGCAGCGGCGCGUGUUGCUGGGUGCGUUUUCGCUCAGCGCGGAUGCGAUUGAUAAUUAUUUCCUGCAGGCGCAGCGGGUGCGAAGGCUUGUGCAGGGGGAUUUUGAGAGGGUGUUUCGGGUGGGGAAUCCGUUGUUGCCGCUUAAGGCUAACACUAAAGCUGAUGCUGUGGAUGAAGGCGGGGAGGGCUGUUUGCAAGAGGGUGCCGGCGUCGAUGUGCUCGUCGUGCCCACCGCACCUACCCUGCCGCCGUCGAUUGAGUCUCUGAAGCGGGCGAGCGCCGUGGAGACGUAUAUGAAUGAUGUAUUUACGGUUCCGGCGAGUUUGGCAGGGUUGCCGGCGCUUAGUGUGCCGGUGCCAGUGCCGGUGCAGGCGAGGGGGUUGCUGAGGGAUAGCGAUGGCGAUGGUAAUGGUGAUGGUGAUGAAGCUUUUGGGUCUGUGGGUAUCCAGGUCAUCGGGCAGUUUGGGGAUGAUGACAUGGUGUUGCAUGUUGGGGAGAUGCUGGAGGGGAUGGAGGUGGAGUAAUUAAUUGUAGGUGGAUAUCUGAUGUUUUCCUGCCUACUACUGCGAGGUACGGCGAGAAGUUGUAUGACUAUAGAGCGGUUUUGUAUAUAAUAUAGCCAUGGGUACAAUGGAUAGGAGUAGAUAUGUAUUUUUUAAAGUCCUUUUUCUUCAUUUUUACUCCAUUUACCGCAAAUAUAUGUUAAAUUACCCCAAUAACUAGAGGUUAAUUAGAAGUACGUAGGGUACUCUUUUUUUUAGCAGAUUGAUGACGACCUUUGUAAUCAUACAAAACACGCAAAUGCUUUUAACCAAUAUUUCUUUCCAUCAUAUCUUCCAUCCCUCCGCCACUCAUCGCCAUAAAC